GGAAUGAAUCGUAGUCGACGUCCACGUGCAGGUAACGAUGCAGUCCUCCUGUGUGUUGUCCGGUCGGAGCUGCCACGUGUCUUGCUGCAAGCGCUUGCCCAAGAGGAGGGUGAUUAGGCUGACGGAUCUGAAUGCCGUGCAACCGGUCGUGGCACAUCAAUUGCAUGUGCCAUUGCCUGGAACGACCGGUCUUCUUCGUCAGUCGUUGCAGCGGUCCUUCGCGCCACGGAGAACCACUCCCAUUCAUUCCGCGCAUCGUCUUCCCCUUGCCCUUCGACGGCGGCGGCGGCGGCUCUCAUUCGCUCCCAACUCCAACGCACUACGGUGUAUUGACACGUCAUCUCCUCAUCCUCGGCCGUUGUCGUUGAUUGGUCAGCCGUUGAUUGGACUAGGAAAGGAUCAGGCGCGAAAGCAGAGCGCCACAGCCGUCUGGUCAUGCCGCACGAGGGAAGCCUGGUCGUAUCGACAGAAAGAGCGUGAUGGCGGCUAUGAACGUCUCCUUCUCAGUCUUAAUAAUAAUAAUAAUAAUAAUAAUAAUAAUAAUAAUGAUAAUAAUAAUAACUUCAGCUGCUCAACGUCCUCGCGAACCUGGUCGGGACAAUGUUCGUCGAGCCGGGAGCUCGACGGCGGUGUCAUACGUGGCAUGGGCUCAGGAGGCAUUAUGCCGCCGCGGCCGUCUGGAGAGCGCCACCGGGCUUUCUUCUCCGAUUGGGAUCGCGGCCGGUUCUUUGACGUCAACAAAAAUGCGGGAUCGCAUAAUACCACUACCACAAAAUUUGGGACCGCCGCCACCGUCAUCAUCAGGAGGAGGACUGGGGUCGUCCGCGCCUUUACCGCCGCCGGCAGCGACGGCGUACCGGUCGCCCGUUGCUCGGCGACCUCAAGGCCAUUCACCGCCGCCGCCGCCGCAGAUGCUAACGAGGAGGGCUUAGAUCCGUCGAGUCUGGUCGGGACAGAGCUCCCGGCUGAGAAGGAGAAGAAACAGGAGGAGGAGGAGGAGGAGGAGAAGGAGGAGGAGGAGGAGGAGGAGAAGGUGGUAGGCAAUGCAAUUUGGCGUUCUGGAGCACGAACGCUGGCAGUUGGACGGUCGCAAUAUCCACUCUUCUUCUCCCGUCGGCUUCAGGUCAUGCUUCUCUUGGCUAUGGCGCUCAUUCUUUGCAGCGCAGAUCGAGUCAUCAUGUCCAUAGCUAUUGUGCCCCUUGGCGCCGCGAAGGGCUGGGGCGAGACAGUCGUUGGCAUAGUCCAGUCAGAUGCAUCCAGCUCUAGCCGUAAUUGCAUGUGGAUACAUCCAGGAAAGUGCUAGUGUGAUUAUGGCCCAACAGCUGUCAACAAAUUGAAUUUCCCUGA